AUGGGCCAACACUCAUCAUCAGAGAAAGGAACUAUUGGUUCUGCAAUCAUGGUUGGAGAAGAUGACGAUGCUCCACAACAACAACAAUCCAAUCAAACUGUUACUGGUGGAAAGGGAGGAGCCACUACUUCAUCCUCCGGAUUCGUUUCAAAGAACAAAAUUAACGAAUCCGUACAAAUUGUUUCCAUUGAGAAGGAUAAUGAAGAUGAAUAUGAUUUCUUGGUGAAGGUGGUUCUUGUAGGCGAUUACGGAGUGGGCAAAACAAGUCUUGCUAAGAAAAUUUCUCAACGAGGAUUCACCACACAGCAUCAACCAACGAUUGGAAUUGAUUUUGUAGUUUGUACAUUGGUUCUCAAUACCAAAGAGACUGUUCGUCUUCAGCUUUGGGAUACUGCAGGUCAAGAAAAAUUUAAGGCUCUUGCCAGUUCGUUUUUCAGAGGUGCCGAUGGUAUAUUUGUGAUUGCUGAUGUUUCAGAAAAAUCGUCCUUUGAUAGAAUUCCAGGUUUUCUUGAAGACGGCAAAAAGAAUUGCUCUUCAGAUGUUGAAUUUGUUUUUAUUGCAUCCAAGAUUGACCUGCGUACGCAACAAUUAGGAGUAAUGACCGAGCCAGAGGCAAAGAAUGAAUUUAGAAAGUAUGAUGCUAACAUCCCAAUUAUAGAAACCAGUGCUAAGGAAGACAAAAAUGUUGAAAAAGCACUUUUAACAAUUAUUCAAAGAAUUUACAACAAGAAAAAGGAGGCAAAGCAAUAG